AUGCCCCAAUCCAACCCCCGCCGCAGGCCGCACGAGCAGAGUAGGGGCAGCAGGACAGAGGAGGGCCAAAACCAACCGGGGACAGCAGACGGGAAAGGCAGGCCAAUGAAUGGACCCUUCCCCUGCCCCCACCACCACCCCCCCACCACCACCACGCCGGCCGGCCAACCCCAGCCCAGGACACCGCCCGCCCAACCCGCCCACCCGCCCCCGGCACCGAACCCCCAGGACCCAGGAGGCCCCCCAGGCCCCGCCCCAGGCAGCCACAGGGACAGGGCGCAGAAGCGCCCAGAGGGGGAACCCAGGACCAAACCCCACAACCCCCCCACCUCCCCCACCAGUAGAACCGGAGGCCGCGCAGGCACCCGGCAGGCACCGCCAGCCCCCCGUCAAAAGGCCCCGAGCCCAACCACAGGCCCCAGCCACCCACACCGCGAAGGGCCCCACCAAACCCAACACCCCAACCACCCCGGGCGCAGGGCCGACCACCCGUGCCAGGCCGAAUCCCAAGGGCCAUCCGAGAGUUACCGCAAGGCCCCUUUAAAGCUCCUGUAUAUGUAUGCGGGUGUGAGCAUAUAA